AUGUCAACUCUGACAAAAUUGUCGUUCCUGAUCUGGGAUGGUCUUCCUUUUACUAUAGCAAAGUCAAAAGGUCAAACCCAUUGGGGAUCGGAGAGUAUAUAUGUUACUGUGGUUAAUCUUUACAAGACAUUACUGCGGUUCGUUAUCUAUGAAGUAUCUUUGACAUACAGAACUGCUGCGUUUGCAUCUAUACAAUUCUAUUAUCAAUCCAUCCAAAAUAUUACUUCAAUGAUUUCAUCCAUUGUCAAACAUGACGCAUCUACCCUUCCCACCACCGCAUCCAUUGUCAAAAAAAUUUUUCCUAUCGUUCCUUCCAUUUUAUCACCGAUUUUCACUUUUUCUCUGCUGAUUGCUGCCAUCUCAAGAUCAUUACCAAACAUAUCGCAAUUGUUGUCUACUAAUUGCAUGCAAAGUCUGUCAGCCAAACUUGUGACGUUUUUAACCAGUAUGCAGUCACAGUUCAAUGCACUUAACGAAUGUAUAACACAUUUGGAAUCUCUUGCUGCUGAAAAUUUCCAAUUGCAUGCUCAAUUAGCUAAUGUCCAGCAGGAGAAUGCCGAUCUCAGAUCUCAAUUAUUACAAAACAAUGUGACUGGUUCUGUUUCCAGCUCUGCUUCUCUUCCUGCACCCCAGUCAACUGCAGAUCUUGGAACUGCUGCCUCCACUUGGGCUACCAAAACAAGCUUGAUUCUGCCAGCCAAGACAUCUCAAGUUCCUUCUGCCUGCCAGAUUGCUACAUCUCAAAGACUGUUCUCUGACAAAACUGGUUCUAAUGGUUUUGAAUAUGUUUAUAUUCCUUGCUCACAUCGUAUUAUGCACAGUGAAGUGUGCCGCUCUCUCCGCAUUCUUGUUGUUGAUACUGGUUGCUUGUUAGAUAUUAAUUUUCCUGCUUGUGAGGUGAUUGGCGUUCUUGUCCAUAUGCAGUAUCUUGAGGAAUUUAAGUCCCAAUUAGUUAGCGCUAAGAUCUCUCUUGUCAACAACUUUGAUACACUUGAUUCUAAAAAUGUUGCUGAUCUCAAGUUUGCCAACUUGUCUGUCUCUGGUCUUGAAACCCAGGCUUUGAUUCUCCAAAAUGCCCGCUGUCUCCAAGCUCGCAAGUUUUUGCAUUCUCACUUGGUCCUGCCAGUUGCACACUUCUUUGUCCAGUCAGGAUGGAUUGGACUUGAGGAAAUUCCUGUCCGACUAGUAGCUGAGCACUUUGGUGAUGCUCCAAACAAAAAAUGUGCCCUUGAUGCUCUCACUGCUAUGAUUGAAUGA